AAGGCACGGAGAGGACGAUCGCGAAAAAAGCAGAGAAAGAAAGAAAAGCGUCACGGAGGAAUUGGGAAGCGCGCCGUUAGUUGAUUUUGGAGGCGUCACCGAGUAUAAAAACUAAUGCUGAAGCAAAAUACUGCACAUCAGAUCUGAAUUAUGAAGCUCCUAACCGUACUCACCAUUUCUGCACUUCCUCUCCUCUUACUCUGUCCUGGAGGGAUGUGUAUUAUUGAAGGUACAGAGGUUGCUCCACAUUCGAGGCCUUACAUGGUCUAUCUUAGUGGCAACUGUGGAGGCGCUCUGAUUAAGGAGAACUGGGUCCUGACAGCAGCACACUGUUACAGAAAUGGAUAUGUAUAUGCAAUACUUGGAACUCAUGCUAUUAAUAAAAAUAAGAAUGAACAGCAAAUAAUCGAAAUAGAAGAGCAAGUGGUCCAUAAAGACUAUAACAGCGCAUACUAUGUUAAUAACCUCAUGCUGGUAAAGUUGAGCAAGAAAGCCACCAUCAAUCAGUAUGUGCAGAUGCUUCCACUGCCUACUAGUGAGGUAGACACCCCAGCAGAUACCAGCUGCAGGAUUGCAGGAUGGGGGAAAACUGAAUAUAAUGGGAACCCGGCCAAAGCGCUUCAAGAAGUUAACGUCAAGGUUAUAAGCAGAGAAGAAUGUAAUGGAACAGAUUCUUACAAUGGAAUAUUAACACCAAGCAUGAUGUGUGCUGGAGAACAGAGCGGAGGAAAGGAUGUCUGUCAGGGUGAUGGUGGAGGUCCGCUAAUAUGUAAUGAGAUUUACACAGGUAUUGCUUCAUUUGGUGUUGAGUGCGGGAAGAAGAACUUUCCAGGAGUCUACACUCGCCUCACUGAUGAUUAUCUAGAUUGGAUCAAGGCUGUAACAGAAUACUGAAUGAUUUUGCUGUUGUUGUGUUUCAAUCGCAGGGAAUGUUUCUUUUUUGUUUAUGCAACAGAUUUUAGAGUGGCAAAAUAAUUUUCAUUGAACAUAAUUAAACAGUAUUUUACACUGCUGCACUCAUAUUCUUCAGUGACACGAUCUAUUUUGCUUCACAUCGACACACAAACUGUCACAUGGAGCUUAAAUGGACAAACAUCAUUCUCUAUAAGCUGUAGAUCAUCAUGCCUAAGAAUUAAGUCAAGCAUAUAUUUAUUUAGGCAAAAAAAAAAAACAAUAAAAUUUGAAAGGUAUAAAAAUGAAAAUGUAAAGGUAUAAAUGUAUGUAAAGGUAUAAAUAUAUAGGUAUAAAAAUGAAAAAAUGUUUUUAAAGAAUACUGAAAAGUUAAAAUAAAACUAAACAUUAGGCAUGAGAUCAUACACUUAUUCAAUUUAUAAUGUGAUUGAGGCUUCACAAUUAUGUAAUACCAUUUGUGCCACAAUAAACUGACAAUUAUGAAAUAAAUAAUUGCAUGCAAAAGUACAGCUAUAUUCAUAUGUAUUUAUAAAUGAUCCAAUAAAUUGUGAAAAAAUCUUAAGCAAAUAACAGUUAUCUAACAA